AUGGCAGAGACCACCAGUCUGGAGAAGGAAGGAACUAGUAGCUUUUUCACCAAAGAUGUUACUGGGCAGCCUGAUGGAGAAAAAGAGAAGGAGAAAUGUGCUGGAAAGAGGCUACGGUACAUGGUGAAACAGCUGGAGACAGGAGAAGUUGAUAUUGUGGAAUUGAAGAAGAACUUGGAAUAUACCGCUUCAUUGCUUGAAGCUGUCUACAUCGAUGAGACCAGGCAGAUUCUGGACACAGAAGAUGAGCUCCAGGAGAUCAAGUCAGACGCGGUGCCCUCUGAGGUGCGGGACUGGCUGGCCUCCACUUUCACCCAGCAGACGCGGGCCAAGGGACGCCGUUCGGAGGAGAAGCCCAAGUUCCGCAGCAUUGUACAUGCUGUGCAAGCCGGCAUCUUUGUGGAAAGGAUGUUCCGUCGGACGUACACCGCUGUGGGACCCAACUAUUCCCAAUCCGUCAUCAACUGCUUGAAGUUUCUCACCCUCUUUGAGAGGGGCAGGCUGGUGGGCUUAAGAGGGCAAGGGGAUCUGCCAUUUUGA